AUAUUAAUCUAUAGAUGUCUUUAGUCUUACAAUGGCAGUCGACAGUGCUAGACGUGUAACGGGUUACACCGUACUAAUAUUAUUAGUUAUAUUCGCAUCAGUAAGUGCGCAGAGUGAAUACAACCUUCCUGCCUUGAAAAUAGAGGUGUUUAAACCAAAAGGAUACAAACUGUCUUUACCUUAUAUACCAAACUUGCUGCUUUAUAUAUUCCGGGGGAAUAUAAAUAAACCAAUAGACACCGACAGCACUGCAUUCGGAACCAUAUCAGGGCAGCUCGCCCAAGUUCCCAACGGACGUUUCGAAUACGAGGACCGUGAAACCCAGCUCAAGCUCGGUGACGUCAUCAACUAUUAUUUAAUGGUGUCAGUGGCAGGCUUCGAUACUUUCGUGGAGAAUAAUUUGAGUUACACCGUCACUGAACUCAAGGAUCGAAAUGCUGGAAAACCAAUGAAAUGCCUUCCCACGAUCACCAGGGUACGUGAAGGCAAGGCAUGCGGCGGUCAGGUCAUAUUCGAGGACGACUUUUCCACCUUCAAGGAGGAUAUGUGGCAGAUUGAGAAUUAUAUACCGAUUUCAUCACAUCCAGAACACCCAUUUGUAUCAUAUCAGGAUCUGAUAUAUCACCCAGUGGUUACGAUAUACAACGGCUCCCUGAAAAUCACACCGAUUCUUCAGGAGCGAAUAAAUAACUUUGACAAUGACACUAUCGCUCACGGGGAAUUAGAUUUCGACAGAGUGGGUGUACAUCGCGUGGUGAGGAAUGCUACAGGAAGGCUUCUGGGGCAGACAUCUUACCGCCCAUAGUGUCGGGCCGUAUCACAAGCUCGAAGUUUGCAUUCACCUACGGAAAAGUCCACAUUAGGGCGAAGCUGCCUCAAGGAGAUUGGCUGUACCCAGAAUUACUCUUGGAACCUUUCCUGAAAAAGUAUGGUAGCUUUGACUACGCUUCAGGAGUUUUGAAGAUCGCAUCAGCACUGGGCAAUAAGGAGUUGAAGUCAGGAUCCAAUGUAUACGGCAAUGAGGUUCUGUAUGGUGGACCGAUCAUGGAUGCACAGUGUCGCCAGCAACUGCUGGGCAAACGAGUGUUGGAAUAUGGUCAAUGGAGUGAUGACUUUCUGGAUUACUCCCUUACCUGGACUCCUCAACACAUAUCAUUGUCUGUGAACGGCGAAGAGUGGGCGCACAUAACAGCCGGGAAGGGACUGCACGCGCGCCUCCCUCGCACCUGCAAGAACCUGCCUCGUUCGAAACUCGAGCAGGGUGAAGCAAUCGCACCGUUUGACGACCACUUCUACAUAACAUUGGGCGUGGCAGCGGGGGGAAUAACGGAAUUCCCUGACAACUCAUUUUCAACAGGAGGAAGGUCGAAACCUUGGCGAAACUCUGGACGCAGGGGCAUGCACAGCUUCUGGGAAGACUUGCCCACCUGGCACGCCACCUGGACACGACCCGAACUGCUGGUAGACCACAUCAAGGUCAUUGCGUUGUGA